AGUUUGAUAAAGACAGUGGCUAGGUAGCAAAGCAACAGGACACUUCUAAUCCUGCUUAAUGAAAAUACAUUUAGUAUUUAAAUCGUGAUGGCAAUGUCUCAUAAUCAACAAGAUCAGCAAGUACCCAUGAUAGCAAGGAACAUAGGAACCGAUUACUCGUACAAACACCAAAUAGUGUGGAAGAAUGUGAUAGGAUUUAUUAUUUUACAUUUGUUUGCAUCGUGGGGUUUGAUAGUGCUUUUGACUGGAGGAGUUGGAAUAAAAACGUUCAUUUGGAGUUGUUUUUUAGUAUACAUUAUGGGGGAAGGCGUUACUACUGGUGCCCAUAGGCUCUUCACUCAUAGAACAUACAAAGCUACUCCGCUUUGUAAAGCUUUCCUACUCGCCAUGCAUACUAUAGCAGGACAGAAUUCGAUGUUCAUAUGGUGUCGUGAUCACCGGCUGCAUCACCGCUACUCGGACACUGACGGUGACCCGCACAACUCCAAGCGCGGCUUCUUCUUCUGUCAUAUGGGCUGGCUCAUGCACAAGAAGCACCCCUAUGUCAUUGAGCUCGGCAGGACGAUUGACAUGAGUGACUUACAAGCGGACUGGAUGGUCAUGUUCCAAAAGAAAUACUACUAUCCUUUAUAUAUUCUGCUGGCAAUAUUUAUACCGGUUUAUGUACCGGUAUAUUUCUUUGGAGAACAUUGGUGGAACUCACUGCUGAUUGCUUACUUCUUACGCUACGUAUAUUCACUCCAUGGCACUUGGCUUGUAAACAGUGUCGCACAUCUGUAUGGAACCAGGCCAUAUGACAAGAACCUGCACCCAGUGGAGUCGUGGUUCGUUUCUGUGAUUACAUUUGGCGAAGGAUGGCACAACUACCAUCACGCUUUUCCCUGGGACUACAAGGCUGCUGAACUGAGUAACUUCAUUAACCAUUCAGCCACUUUCAUCGAAUUUCUUGAAAAGAUCGGGCUUGCAUACGAUUUGAAGACCGCUUCGCCUGAAAUGGUAUCUAAUAGAAUAGUGAGGACCGGUGACGGCAGUCACUACAGGCUGGGUGACGAAGAGUCGCGCGCGGCGGUGACGGCGUGGGGGCCGCUACACCCGCUCAACCCCACUUACAACUCCACGCUCAAACCGCCAGAGGACAAGCUCAAACCUUAAAAUUAGCAACUUUCUAUAAAAUUAUGGGAUAGAAAAAUAAUAUCCUAUGUCUAGUCAACAACGUUUAUGAUCCUUUAUGUUCGUAUUUUUCUUCAUAUUUGAUGUUUUUUUUUUAAUGACUGUAUACGUGGAAAACAGAUGAAUGAAUUAAGACAUUCCACAAAUUAGGGCAAACAAAAAUAAUAUGUUUGUAAUAUUAAUAUAUGGAGAACGAUUUCAAAGACAAAGAUCUCUUAUACAUUUUGUGUAAAUAAAGCCCUAAUUAGGUCAAUCAUUCUUUACCUGUUUCUCGUUAACUAUUAGGUUCACCAUAAGCAGGAUCAACUUGAAAGAGAGGAACAAAAAUUGCACGUAUUCAAAAAACAGACACAAGUAGACAAACACUAAUCAAUGAGAUCUCACUUUACAAUGACCUAUUGAAUGCACCAACUCUUGUCAAAUGAAUACUAGCUAAAAUAGAAUAGAAUACUUACAAUAGAACAAACACUGAUGAAGUUCAAGUGUGGGUCAAAUUAGUGCUUGUUUGGUUUCACCUUACGUCACCAAAGAAAAAG